UACCGCUUCUGGUGCAUGGGAGGGAAGGAGGGGAGGGGGGCGCCCUCGCACGAGCUCGCGGAGCACAACCCCGGCGCGGGAAAAGAAGAGGCGGAAGAGAGCGAGAGAGCAAGAGAGAGCAGCGCGGGGGGUGGUGGAAGUGGGGGGCCCCCGAAGAAACGCCACAAGUCGGGGUGUCUGUCGGGAGGAGGGUGCGCGCGCCUGCCUGCCUGUGUGGCAAAAGUGAAGUUAGCACUAUAUGUAUAUGAAUAUCUGCUCCAUGUAGGAGCACAGAAAUCUGCGCAGACAUUUUUAUCAGAGAUAAGAUGGGAAAAAAACAUCACAUUGGGUGAACCCCCUGGAUUUUUACACUCUUGGUGGUGUGUGUUUUGGGAUCUCUACUGUGCAGCUCCAGAAAGACGUGAAACAUGUGAACACUCGAGUGAAGCUAAAGCCUUUCAUGACUAUAGCGCUGCAGCAGCUCCCAGUCCAGUGCUAGGAAACAUUCCCCCAGGAGAUGGCAUGCCAGUAGGUCCUGUACCACCGGGUUUUUUUCAGCCUUUCAUGUCCCCCCGAUAUCCCGGAGGCCCACGGCCACCUUUAAGGAUACCCAACCAGGCACUUGGAGGUGUCCCAGGAAGUCAGCCAUUAUUGCCUAGUGGAAUGGAUCCAACACGGCAACAAGGUCAUCCAAAUAUGGGUGGACCAAUGCAGAGAAUGACUCCUCCCAGAGGAAUGGUUCCGUUAGGACCUCAGUCUGACCCUUGGUUAUCAUUGCAGAACUAUGGAGGUGCAAUGAGGCCGCCACUGAAUGCUUUAGGUGGUCCUGGGAUGCCUGGAAUGAACAUGGGACCAGGAGGUGGUAGACCUUGGCCAAACCCGACAAAUGCCAAUUCCAUACCAUAUUCUUCUGCGUCACCUGGGAAUUAUGUCGGUCCACCAGGAGGUGGGGGGCCACCAGGAACACCCAUCAUGCCUAGUCCAGCAGAUUCAACCAACUCUGGAGACAACAUGUACACAUUAAUGAAUGCAGUACCUCCUGGACCCAACAGACCUAAUUUUCCAAUGGGGCCAGGAUCCGAUGGUCCUAUGGGUGGAUUGGGUGGAAUGGAUUCACAUCAUAUGAAUGGAUCAUUAGGCUCAGGAGACAUGGAUAGUAUCUCCAAAAACUCUCCCAGUAAUAUGAGCAUGAGUAAUCAGCCGGGGACCCCUCGAGAUGAUGGUGAAAUGGGGGGAAACUUUCUAAAUCCUUUUCAGAGUGAAAGUUACUCUCCCAGCAUGACAAUGAGUGUGUGAUCCCUUACCAAGUCUCUUCAUGAAGGCUGCACUGAGUUGGCCCUCUCCAGAGAGCUACUAAAGAAGAAGAAAAAAUUACUCAUCCCUGUGUACAGUUUAACAGAAAAGAUCUCUGCCACAACUGGAUCCAGCAUUUUUUCCAACCGUCUUUCCAGUUUUGUGAAGAAAAUGGGUCCUCAUCUGAUCUCAGCAUCUAUAUUAUGUGGCGUUAUCAGAGCUGUUCAAGUCUGAACUGCAAAGUUAUCUGUGUAUGUAUAUGUAGGGAUAGGUGUAUGUAUGUGUGUGUUACGGAGACAUAGAUAUGCGCACAUACAUAUAUAGACCUUCAGGACAUUGUAAAAUAUUAUCACAUGACAUCUUAAGUAGAAACAAGAAAUAGGGACUUCUAUUCCAUCUUUUUUCACGUUUACAUUUUAACUAUAAAAGAACUGCUUUCCUUCCCCCAUCUAAACUGUUUUGUGCUGUGUAUAUCACUGCUUUGUAAGUUAUUUUUUUAAGAAGAUCUCAGAUAAAUUCUGUUUUUUGUCAUUGUCUGCCAUAAUGGAUAGGAAUAAAAUGGCUUAUAAGAGGGCUUUCAUAAA